GCCCCCUCAACCUUGUAACCUGCAAAUCAUUUACCCUGAGCCCAUAGGCAUCACUGUGUGUGAUGGAGCAUAUACCAUGGGCUCAACCAGCGUAUUCGCAAAUAAACCGGCUUUAAAAGCUAUUCUUUCAAAUAAACUACAUAAGUUUUUCCUUCAUAUGUACCAUGAGAGGACUCACAAAGUGUAUUGGGCUGGAGUUGGUAUAGUAGACGACUUAUGUAACAUAUAUGUCGAAAGGGAAGAUUUUGCCUACAAGCACCCAGUUUCCCGUGACAGCGAGCGUUUCGUCUAUGUUUUAUUCGACUUUUGGAACAGAAACGACAGUUUCCUUGAAGCCUUGACGUCGGAUUUGUGCGUUCUUAUUAAAACUAAACAUCUGGGCCAGCCUGUCGCUGUGGGUUCCUUGCGAAUUGCGAAUUUAGCAACAGGCUUGGAUGGACCGACUGACAAAAGGGCUCAGCCAAUUCCCUGCCCGGUGCCCGAGGACGGUAAUGGAGAUGUUACAACUGCUCCUGGGUGUGGCUGUGUGUUACAAACUAGUUAUAUUUUACUUAUCGUGCUGUUACUGAUAUUCUGUUUCAUACACACGUAAACUGGACAAACUGUAUAUUUAUUAAUCUCUAUUCAUUGACUGGUGUGUCAUUUUUAUACGCAUGUGAACU